GAUCGAAGUGUUUAGUGUUUUGUAUGUUCACUUACUUUUAUUUUCAUACAGUCGGUGUCCCUAUGUUGCCGUUUACAAUUCCUUAUUUAAAUUCGUAAAAAAAUUUAAUUAGCAUCUACGCUGAAGAUGAAUGAGUCUGCUGUCCGCGUUGCUGUUCGGAUUCGGCCUCAAAUUCCAAGGGAGAUUUUCGAUAUGUGCCAUGUCUGCACAUCCGUAUCACCUGGAGAACCACAAGUUUGGUUAGGCAAUGACAAAGCAUUUACUUUUGACCAUGUCUUCAAUAUGACAACAGCUCAGGAAACUGUUUAUACCUCAUGCAUUCAUGAUCUUAUAGAGGGUUGCUUUAAAGGAUAUAAUGCGACUAUUCUUGCUUAUGGCCAGACUGGCUCUGGUAAAACUUACACAAUGGGCACUGGUUUUGACGUAUCCCUCAGUGAAGAAGAAAAGGGAAUUAUUCCAAGAGCUGUAAAUCAGUUGUUUGAAGGCAUAGCCAAACUUCAGAAUGAAGCUGAAAAUAGGAAUUCAUCACCUCCUGAAUUUAAAGUUAUUGCACAGUUUAUGGAGCUGUAUAAUGAAGAAGUUAUUGAUCUCCUAGAUCCUGUGAGGGAAACAGAGGAUAAAUCUAAAAGAACACCUGUAAGAAUUCAUGAAGAUACUUGUGGUCAAAUAUAUACAGUUGGCCUAACUUCACGUACAGUAUCGUCAGCUAGUGAAGCUCUUCAGUGUCUCAAGAUUGGAGCCCUAUCGCGAACAACAGCAAGUACAAAAAUGAAUGUGCAGUCCUCCCGGUCACAUGCAAUUUUUACCCUGCACAUCAAACAACAAAGACUUAUACAGUUUGAAUCAGAAGAAGGAGCUGAGGAUAUUGAAUCUUCAACAGAAUUUGAAACUUUGAUGUCCAAAUUGCAUUUUGUUGAUUUGGCCGGUUCAGAGCGACUAAAACGUACUGGAGCUACUGGAGAGAGAGCACGGGAAGGAAUUUCCAUUAACUGUGGCCUUCUUGCUCUCGGAAAUGUGAUAUCUGCACUAGGAGAUAAAACAAGAAAAGCCACACAUGUUCCUUACAGAGAUUCAAAGUUAACCAGACUUCUUCAAGAUUCGCUCGGUGGAAACAGCCAAACGUUAAUGAUAGCAUGUGUAUCUCCAUCUGAUCGAGAUUUUAUGGAAACUUUAAAUACUUUAAAGUAUGCCAAUAGAGCUAAGAAUAUUCGAAAUAAAAUCAGUGUUAAUCAAGACAAAUCUAGCCAAACAAUAUCAAUGUUACGCAGAGAAAUACAGCAACUUCAGCUAGAGUUGAUGGAAUAUAAACAAGGAAAACGCAUAAUUGGAGAAGAUGGUCAAGAACAAGUAAAUGACAUGUUCCAUGAAAAUAUGUUCCUUGAAUCAGAGAACAAUAAUCUUCGGUCCCGUUUAAAAGCCCUGCAAGAAACUUUGGAUCAUCAAACAAAAAGGGUAACUGAACUUCUAGCAGAGAAAGCUUCGGGAUGCUGGAUAACAUCAGGAGAAAACACAUCUCAAACUGAAAUUACAGAACUAAUAAAAGGCUAUUUGGCAGAAAUAGAGGACUUAAGGGUAAAAUUGCUUGAAGCUGAAGAAACAUGUUCACAGUUACGUAAGCAAUUAGCAAGAAAUCAAGCUCGUACCUCUUUCAAUAGCCCAUCGAUCUUAGGUAGAGAGAGUCAUAUGUUUGAUAUUAAUCCAAGUUCACCAUAUGAAUUAAUUCAUGAAGCAAAACAAGAAAUUAAAUUGUUAUCAAAACAAGCAAAAGCUUUAAAACUUGCAAAUAUGUCAGAAAAAGACAAUGAAGAAAUUAAACAAAAUGCAGAUGAUGAAAAGGAAAAAGAUGAUGCUUCAGAGGAUAGAGAAUCAAAAGUUAAUGGAGAAGAUGAGAUGAAUGGAGAUAUUGAUGAGGAAGAAGAUGAUGAUGGUGGUGAUGAUAAUGAUAAUGAUGAGAGCUCUGAUGAAUCAGACUCUGAAGAAAAAAGUGCUGCAGAAACGUACAGUGGGGAUUUAGCCCAGUUAACACAUGAUAUUUCUCUAAAACAAAAGUUAAUUGAAGCUCUUGAGCAAAGCCAGCAGCGACUACGCAUGAUGAGGCAUCAUUAUGAAGAAAAGUUGCUGCAACUGGAGCAGAAAAUAAAGGAGACUGAAUGUGAAAGAGAUCGAGUGCUUGCAAGUUUGAGUACUAAUAAAGGAAACAAGUCGGAUGAAAAAGUGCAAAAAAUACGUGAAGAAUAUUCUAAGAAACUGAAUGCUCUUCAAAAUGAGCUGCGAAAAAUGCAGGUAGUGAAGAAAGAGCACGUUCAAGUUAUGAGAAAUCAAGCUCAGUAUGAGAGACAUAUUCAUCAGUUAAAGAAUGAAGUUGCUGAAAUGAAGAAAACAAAAGUACGAUUAAUCAACAAAAUGAAAGAAGAUAACCAGCGGCAUUUACAAGCUGAACAGAGGAGAAAUAGAGAAAUAGCACAGUUGAAAAAGCAGAGCCGUCUUAAAGAGAAUCAGAUCCGUACACUAGAAGCUGAGAAACGAAAAAAAGAUACAGUUUUGAAGAGGAAGCAGGAAGAACUGAUGGCUUUGAGGAAAUCUGCUAAACCUAUGUCUGAUCGUGUUGCUGGUAGAGUGCCUCAGAGUAAUACAUUUAUAAUUAAUAGAAGGCAGCCUUUCUCCCCUAAAAUUGCAAAAUCAAGAUGGCAAAACCUUGAAAAGAGUAUUAAUCAACUUGUUAUAAGCAAGCAGAGCAUUAAUAACAUUGAAAGGGAUAUGGAACGAUAUCUGAAGGAAAGAGAUAGACUAACCAGAAAACUGGAGCAUUUAAUGAAGAAAAGAAAUGAAGCUGCUGUAGAAAAGAAGAGUGCAGAAAUUUUACAAGAUUUUGAUGAUAACAUUGAAACACUGAGAGCAAAUAUUGAUUAUUGUCAAGAGAAUAUAAAGGAAUGCCAGUCGAGUAUUGUUCAGAUGGAAGAAGCAAAGGAAGAUAUUGAUGUUCUAGAUGUUGAAAAAUUAGUUUCCAGUCUUGCUGUUAGUGAAUCAAGAUAUUUAUUAGGCAAGUUAAUAAAUAUGGCAAUAAAUCAGACAUUUCAAGUGUUCCAGAAGGAAGCCACAAUAAAAGAAAUGGAAGCAAAGUUGAAACAGUCCACAAAUAGCAAUACUAUUCAUAUCCAACUUCUUGAACAACUGGUCGAAGAUGGGAAUGAAGAAAUCUUAGAUUUUAUGAUAUCAAAUGACGAUCAAGUUUCUGGAAGUCAGUGUAGCUCUAGAUCAAGUUCUCCUGUUGAGAGUAGUGUUUCUGAAGUAUCCACCUUUUAUCCUGCUAGUGACUGCUCAAAAAGCAAGAAACGUCCAAGGAAAACAGGCUUGCCCUCAGAAUUUUUGGCUGUAGAAAAAAAGCAGGCAAGUUUAACUCCUGCAGGUUCAUGUCCCUCUGUUGCAGAAGUGCCUGAAAGACCCUCAGUCUCUAGAUUAGCUUGGUCAUUUGGUCCUGCCUUGCAACAGGAGUUGGACCUUGAUAAAACUCUUACGUCAUCUCCCAAUUUUGCAGAUGAUCGAGGCAUUGUGAGAGUCACAAGUGCUCCAACAUCACUGCAGAUGAGGAAUCUAGUUAGAAUUGAAAAGGGGGAAUCUUUUGUUCAGUGCUCUGAGGAAAUGACAUAUGGCAAAAAAGCAGAAAAAUCACCUUUAAGUAGACGAAGAACACAUGAGAAACAGUCACACAUGGCUGAUUUCUCACCUGCUUUCCGUCGUAAAUUUUAUUCAAAUGCAAGUGUCAUUCCUCUUCCUUCAUUAUCUCGGCAAAGUUCUACGGAAACAACAGUAUCGGAUACAACUCCACCUAAUUCACCAUCUGCCUCACGUAAAUCUCGAGAAGACAAUGUUUUUAGUAGGUUAACUAGUGGAUCAUUUAGAUUGAACAAGCCUGGUAGUGGAGUUAUCAUUCCUUUCUCAUCCAAAUUGAAUCUUACAAAAAAUUUGCCUCUUGUGUGCACGCAUACAGCUGAAGGUCAUAGCAGAGCUAUAUUGUCUCUUACUGCCACUGAUGAUGUGCUAUUCAGUGGAUCAAAAGAUCGCACUGUCAAAAUAUGGGACUUAGGUACAGGAAAAGAAAUCCAAAGUCUAGGUGGUCACCCAAACAAUGUAUGUGUUGUACGCUACAGUGAAUACUCACGUUUAGCAUUUAGUGUAUCAACUGCAUUUGUCAAAGUGUGGGAUGUCAGAGAAAAUCCAGCAAAGUGCAUUCAAACACUUAGUUCUUCUGGUCUUUCAAAUUCGGGUACGCCAACUUUAAAUACACCGUCCAGAACAUUGCAGAUGCCGCAAGGAGAAACUCAGAUACAUGACAUAGCUCUUAAUCGUUAUGGUACUACGUUAUUUUCUGCUGCUAGUAAUAUUGUUCGCAUAUGGGAUUUGAGAAUGUAUAAAGCAAUUGGAAAAUUAAGUGGAAGCCAUCAAGCAGCAAUAAUGUGUUUGGCUGUAGAUAAUGAAGGACUGGAUAAAAAUAUUGUAGUAACAGGAUCCAAGGAUCACUAUAUUAAAGUUUUUGAAGUCACUGGUGGUACCCAUUUAGCAAAAACUAAUCUUAAACCACCUCACUAUGAUGGAAUUCAGUCCCUUGCUAUGAGUGGAAACAUCUUGUUCUCUGGGUCAAGGGAUAUGUGCAUUAAAAAGUGGAACCUCAAAACUGGAAGUCAUAUUCAGUCAUUGAACCAAGCGCACAAGGAUUGGGUCUGUGCUUUGAGUUUCCUUUCUAACAAUAGCAUGUUGUUAAGUGGAUGUAGAGGAGGAUUCUUGAAAUUGUGGGCAGCAGACACUACACAGCUUAUAGGCGAAAUAAAAGCACAUAGUGCACCAAUUAAUGCAAUAUCGACAAAUACUAAUGCAAUUUUUACUGCUUCCAGUGAUUGUACGGUGGGGAUUUGGAGGUUGAAGAAUAGCAAUGAUUUUUCUCCAGAUAAUGAAUUUCCAGAUUCAUGAAAAUUUAAACUUUUCUUCCCAAUGCUGUAGAUUGUACCAAAGAAAAUCUCCAGUCUUUAUUAGAAUUACGUCAAUACUGUGAUUGUGUCAAUAUUUUCUGGUAGUUAAUUAUUUUUAAUGUAUUUGUGGAACUACCAGUUGUGUGCAGCUUGGUUGUGCUUCCUCUUUUAUUUGGAAAGACAGAAAAUUCAUAUAUUGGUUUUAUUCCUGUAUAAAGUGUAUUAGAUUAUUAAUUGUUCAUGCAUUAAUCACAUUUCUAUUUUAAAUAUUAGAAUCAUUAAAUUAGCUCUCACUAUUCAUAUUUUAUAUCAACAUUUAUGUUAUUUCAUAUAUUCUCCACUUGUGUAACAUAGAUUUACAUUUAUUGUAUUCUUUAAUGUUAGGUAAUGGGAAUUGUAAAAAUAAGAUGUUUAUUUUUGUAGAUACCUGUGAAAAAUUAUUUAUUUUAUAUGUGUUUCCUAUUUUAUUUAUAAUGAAAAAUGUUUUAUUUUAUACCAAACAUUAUUACAUAUUUGCCAUGUUUUCAUGGGUUAUUAUUAUCAUUUAGCAUCUAAAUUUGUUUUUAACUAUUUGCAAUGAAAGUUGCAUCCAAUUCCAUUGAAAUAUUUUUCUCUGGAUGUUUUGUUUUACAUUCCAAUUAGAAGUUUUAAAAUUUUCAGCAGCAUAAAGAAAAUGUUUAGUUUUAUAUAGGGUGUGUCAAUGUUUACUAUGUGAUGUAAUUGCUGAGUUUCAUUCCAAAUUGUGUUCUCAGUACAUUAUUUUAGCAUAAACAUUCCAAAAAUUUAAUUUUUAUUUUCAACAUUUUUAAGUCGUAUUUUUCAGUAUAAUAAAUAAUUCAUUGCUAUAAGAAAUAUGGUCACAUGUGUUCAAAAUGCUAGUCUGUACAUGAAUAUUAUGUUAACAACCUCUGCUUUUUAUAACAUAUUUGCAGUGAAAUAGUGCAUACCUUAAUAGCAUUUUUAAUCAUGACUUUUUUAUUUUUAUGUAAUUAGUGGUUACCAUAUUACUACAUAAAUGCUAACUACUAAUUACGUAAUUAAAAAUCAUUAAAGUUUCAUUUCAAUUUUGUAUACAUUCAAUAUAUAAAUUUUACAAAAUUCAGAGCCAUUUAAUGUCUUUCUUUUACUAUGCAUAAAAUUUGUUCCCCCUUUUUUUUUUUUUUUUUUUUUUU